AUGACCCAAAGAAGGCUGCUGUGGAGCUUUACGAGGAGUACUGGCUUCUUAGUGGAAAGGAGCUGGCCUUCGUGGUCACGAAGUUCUUGGUGUUUGACUCUUUGCGUGAAGCGAUACUCUUUGUCGUGCCGGCUUUUGCCGAGGCUCAGUCCUUGCUGGUUGCCUGCGGUUGCGGAGCCGUGGCCGGCGCACUCGGAGCCAUUACAUCGCACCCCAUUGAUACUCUCUUUGCCCUCCGAACGACCGGAGGAGCAAAAGAUGAGAUUCCCAGCCUGGAUAGGCUUUUCCGUGGUGUCGGAGCCCGAGUUCUGA